AUGCCUAUUGCCAAAAUCUCGCCCUCGCUGCUUUCCGGAGACUUUGGUAUCCUCGCCGCCGAGUGCAAGCGCAUGGUGUCUCACGGAGCUGACUGGCUGCACAUGGAUGUCAUGGAUGGUCAUUUUGUCCCCAACAUCACCAUCGGCGCCCCAGUCAUUUCAUGCCUGAGCAAGCACCUUAAUGCCUUCCUGGACUGCCAUAUGAUGGUUUCGCACCCCGAAAAGUGGGUCGACGACUUUGCAAAGGCCGGCGCCUCGCUUUACUGCUUCCACAUCGAGGCUACCGAAAACGCCUCGGCCUUAAUUGACAAGAUCCACGCUGCCGGUAUGAAGGCCGGCGUCGCAGUCAAGCCCAAGACCCCCAUCUCCACGGUCAUGGAUCUCGGCGACAAGAUGGACAUGUGCCUGGUCAUGACGGUCGAGCCCGGCUUUGGUGGACAGAGGUUUAUGGCGGAGUGCAUGCCCAAGGUCAGGGAGCUGCGUGCGCGGUUUCCAGAUCUGGAUAUCGAAGUCGAUGGAGGCAUUGCCCUCGAGAAUAUUGAUGCUGCUGCUGAGGCCGGUGCUAACGUCAUUGUUGCGGGAACCUCCAUCUUUAAGGCUUCUGAUAUCUCGGGUACCAUUGAGACCUUUAGAACUAAGGUCAACACUGAACAAGCUUUGUUGGCCAAGAAGUAA